UCCAAGUCGCUCACAGUUGCAGGAAUUGCCGGGAAAUUUCAUUUGGGAUUUGCGAUGUUCACGGUUCAAUUGGUCAAGGUCAUUUUAUAGUUUAGCCGUCAGUUCAUAUUCCAGCAUCCGACAGACCAUUACCAUGGCUGGUGUUACGGCUGACAUCCUUGUGCACAAACAAUUACAAGACCUUUUUCUCACCCAAAGACGCACAUUGGAAUCAUGGAAAAGACAAAUGCAGUCAGAUCAAACUGAGACAGUGACUAAAGAAGAGCAUGAACAAAUCAUUGCGGAACUAAAGGAAGAAAGGCAGCAGCACUCGGAGACCAAAGCCAGACUUGUCAGUGAGAGUAGUAAGCUACAGUUUGCCCUGGGAGAGAUCGAGGUCCUCACCAAACAACUGGAGAGGGAGAGAUUGAACUUUGAAGCCUCAUUUCACCAGCUCAAAGAAUCAACGCAGAAACAAAGCAGUCAGAGCAGUCAGCUCAAGAUGAGAUAUUCAGCCAUCGAAACUGAAAAACAGAAGCAGGAUGACAUACUGAGCCUUAGAGAUUCAAAGAUAAGUGACUUGAAGCAGAGACUAGCCAAGCAGAAAGACAGCUACAGGCAACAGGUAUCUGAAUUGAAUGUGCAGCUACAACAAGAAGCAUAUAUUGCACGAACCUUCACGACGAGAAAACCCCAACGUAAAAGCUACACUAAACCUGGAAAAUGACCCCUGGAACAUUGAUUGAAUCCCUGGUGGUUUAAAAUUAAAUUAUACUGGUGAAAACCGAGACUGCAAAGUAUUUUUGUGUGUUAGUAUUAGCCUUCUUGAGAUAUAGCGAACACCACAGGAGUGCAGCCCUGAUACUUCAUCGAGGCAACAUAGGAGAUUGCCUCAAUGCCCCCUAAUUUAUGCACAAGUGCUUUGUAAUGCUCCAGUAGAAAUUUACAAUUUCCUCAGAGGGUGCCUUUUACCAAAAAGAAAAUGCCUUGGUGCCCUUACCGUUUCGGAAAUGAUGCAUAAAGGCAUGGGAGUGAACUAUUUGGUUUUGGUGCAGAGCUGGGUGCCAAAUCUCUUUGAUGAAGGAAACUGUGUCCCUAUUGUGUUGAAUUUUAUUCUCAAUUCAUCCAUGAUUGUUUUACAAAAUCUCCCUGAUUGCAAGAUGCAAAAGUUUGCAGCUCUGAUGUUGAACAUAUGACAGAUUUAGCCCAAGCCAAACAGUGGUUAUUUUGUCCACCAUAUUACCUCAAAAUGGCUUAGCGAGGUUUGUUUCUGAAAUGUGUUGAAUAACCUACAUUUGUAAAUUGUAUUGUACUAUUAAGACUAUUUAUUCUCUGUAUGAAUUCACAGUUUUCUAUGUAAGUAUGUACAUAAUAAUAGUCACUUGUGUUGAUAGUAAUAGAUCUGAUAUUAAAAGUAUUACAGGUACUUAAAAUAGGUAUCUAUAACCAACAUUUCGUGUCGGCUCUCGAAUUACUUUCCUCAAAUUUACAGUCACAUAAAGCACAGGCAACUUUUUUUAACAAAACAACACAGAGAUAGGACUUUUGUUUCUUCUAUUUUAAUUAACAUCAAACUGAAAAUAUAGGAUUAACACAAACUGAAUGUCGAAGGAUUACGCCGUUUGAAAUAACUUCUGAAAUCUACCUCCAUCUGUCUAAUGCUCCUAGUGAUUCAUAAAUACCCCUCACUGUUCCUAUUGCUGGGGAGCAUGUAACUUGUGAUAAAAACACAGCAAGAAGUGUUCAAACAGAGGUUUGGCGCGCAACCUUUAAGCCAGGUUCAUACUUCCUGCGAAUGCGAUACAAAUGUUGGCGUCACAAAUUUGCAACGAAUUUAAUUUGCAGUGGUUGAGCUGUGCUUGACUUGUGAAUAUUUGCAGCGAAAAUAUAGUUGUGACGCCAAAUUUUGUUUUUGGGUCUCUCAUCCUUUCUGGUAUUGGAAAAAAAUAAUUAAGUUCUAUUUUUUGUAUUAAAUGUUGUUAUUUCAAAUAAACAACAAUACCACAGUAUCAAUCAUUAAGUAGCAUUACUUAAAUUAAUAUCUUUACAGAAUACUCGGAGUUGCCUGACCCUAAUAUGGCACACUAAAUUGGGGUAAAUGAAGAGCAUGUCGCAGUACACUCUGUUUUAAGCCAACCUGGAGGCAGCCAACUAUGGUGGCUCAAGAGAAAUAUUCUCAUAAAAAAAAAUAAUAUGUUUUCAAGAAAUUCGGCUUAUCAAACUUCUUGGCUUAGCAACAAAUGACCAGGGUAUCGUCAUAACCGCAAUCGUAACUAUAUGGCAUUUUGGCUGGUAAACUAUUUGCACUAAGCAAAGCAAUUUGUUGUGCUUGCACAAUUUAUGAAAUUUGGCCCUUAAAACAAUGAAGGCAAAUUAUGCUUUGACUGAAGUGUGUCCUUCAUUAAACCUAAAACAGUCCUAAACUUGAAUCUCAAUGUUUGGCACUUGGGAAUGAAUGCAGCAAUGACAAAUAAAAAGAGCAAGGUUUACAUGAAUUUUUUUUUAAGAUACAGGCAAAUUUUACACUCAGUUUUACAGAUUCAGGCGGAAAUAAAAUAAAUAUAGAGGCCUGUAAUUAAUCACUGAUUAAAAUAAUUAAAUAGUUACACAUUCAUUGAGAAAGUUAAAUAGUUACACAUUCGAGUAAAUUAAGAUGUGUGCAUUCUUGGCUUGUAUGCAAUCAUUCACGAUGGAAGAAAAGAAAAACCCAUCGCUGUCAAGUAAAAAGCCUAAAAUUUCAACCUCAU